GACGUGCUGUGAUAGACAUAAGCGCAUGCAAUAGUAACUCCGCACUACAGACCCGUUCCUAAGCACCGUUCCUUAUCCUCCCUUUUAAAACACCCCCUCCUUCCCUUUAGCAAAUGAUGACUGUCGAUGCAGGCAAAGAAAACGCACAAAUCCCUGGCGAAGCACAACAGGAGUCAAAGUCGAACAAGUUCAAUGUGGACGAAGUAACUGCAAUGAUUAAAGAGGUAGCAGAAUCUACCAUUCAGGAUUCAGAGUACGUACACGGCAAAGUCUCACAGUGGAACAAAACCAUCAUUGACACGUGCUUGAAGAGACUCAAAGAGAAACAGAAAAACUCCAAAUACGUCGUUACUUGUGUUAUAAUGCAACGGACACGUGCCGGUUUCUAUGCCGGAAGUUCAGCAUAUUGGGACAAUGCUAAUGAUGGGAGUGCGAGCUACCGGUACGAAACGAAAUCAUUAUAUGCAGUGAUCAACGCUUUUGGAUUGAGCGUAUAAACGCAAUCACCAAGUAUUAUCCGAUUAUAUUCGUGUGUGUCUGUUUGGUCCCUUCAUCCACACCAAUACGAAAAUUAUAUCCUGUUUUCUCAUCUCAUCCGUUCCUAUUUUAUUUAUAAAUACACUAAUUCAUCAACC